UUCUUCUUCUUCUUCUUCAUCAUCUUCCUCCUCAGUUCACUCGAAAAGCCUUUCUUCUUCUUUAGAGAGAGAGAGAGAGAGUUAGCAAUGGGGAUUCUGAAGCUUCUCUUCCUUCUUCUUUCAACGGCGUCGUUUUGUUCUCUAUCGGAAUCCCUUCCUCUCACCCCGAAUUACUACCAGAAAUCCUGCCCGAGAUUCAGUCAGAUUAUCCAAGAUACAGUCACCAACAAACAGAUCACUAGUCCUUCCACCGCUGCUGGUACUCUUCGUCUUUUCCUCCACGACUGCCUUCCCAACGGCUGUGACGGCUCCGUCCUUAUCUCCUCCACUCCUUUCAACAAAGCCGAGCGCGAUGCCGACAUCAACCUCUCUCUCCCAGGCGACGCCUUCGAUGUUAUCGUUCGAGCCAAGACUGCUCUCGAGCUCGCAUGUCCCAACACUGUCUCUUGUGCUGACAUUCUCGCCCUUGCCACUCGUGACCUCGUCACCAUGGUUGGCGGACCUUACUACAAUGUUCUUCUUGGUCGUAGAGAUGGACGUGUGUCUAAAGCAUCGACGAUUCCUGGCUCUUUACCGAAAGCUACCUCGCCGAUUCCUCAGAUUAUUGAUAUUUUUAAAGCUCGGGGGUUUACUGUGCAGGAAAUGGUAGCCUUAAGUGGUGCUCAUACGAUUGGAUUCUCGCAUUGUAAGGAAUUCGGUCCUCAGAUCUAUAAUUAUAGCAAGUCGUCUUCUUAUGAUACGCAGUAUAACCCUAGAUUCGCGCAAGGGUUGCAAAAGGCUUGUUCUGGUUAUGACAAGAAUCCUACAUUAUCGGUUUUCAAUGACAUUAUGACUCCCAACAAAUUUGAUAACUCUUACUUCCAGAAUCUGCCGAAGGGAUUGGGGAUCUUGAAGUCUGAUCAUGGGUUGUAUAAUGAUUGGAGGACGAGGCCAUUUGUCGAGGCGUAUGCGGCGGAUGAGAAAAAGUUCUUCAAUGAUUUUGCUCGAGCGAUGGAGAAGUUGAGUAAUUAUAAAGUUGUGACAGGGAAUCAAGGGGAGAUUAGGCAUAAGUGUGAUGCGAUUAAUUGAAUUCAGAGGCUUUCUGUUAUUCAUGAUUCAAUUUGAAGAUUGCAUCAGGUUGGAAUCAAAUCAUUUCCAUUUGGUUCUUUUCUGAUUAUGAGCAUAUUAGAAAAAAAUAAUCUGUAUACUUCCGUACCAAUUGUGAUAUCUGAGCCAAUAUAUAUAUAUAUAUAUAUAUACAUGUUUAAUUGUUUGGGUUCUUCUGGGUUGUAAUCUUUGUAUUCUUCUAGUGGGGGUUUUUAAUUUGUGAUUCUGUAUGAUGUGUAGCCUUGUAGAAGGGUGGAAGAAUUCAUAGUUUACUUAAUUUAUAAAGAAUGCCCUCCUAUUGAUUAUAUCUCUUGUAACUCUUGUCCAUGAUUUGAGUUUGAUCAUGGUGUUAGUUCUUAAGAUUUGAUUUGAACUGAUUAUUUUGAUUAUGGAUUAAAGGAGAAAUAAAAUGAGAGUUGAAGUUUUGGGUCAA